GGACUACAGGCGCAUGCCACCACGCCCAGUUAAUUUUGUAUUUUUAGUAGAGGCAGGGUUUCACCGUGUUGGCCAGGCUGGUCUCAAAUUCCUGACUUCAAAUGACCCACCUACCCCGGCCUCCCAAAGUGCUGUGAUUACAGGUGUGAGCCACUGCACCCGGCCACUUGUUUUUGAUUUUACAGGCUCAUAGGUGGAAGGGACUUGCCUUGUCUCAGAUAAGACUUUGGACUGUGGACUUUUGGGUUAAUGGUGAAAUGAGUUAAGACUUUGGGGGAGUGUUGGGAAGGCAUGAUUGGUUUUGAAAUGUGAGGACAUGAGAUUUGGGGGAGCCAGGGUCGGAAUCAUAUGGUUUGGCUGUGUCCCCACCCAAAUCUCAACUUGAAUUGUAUCUCCCAUAAUUCCCACUUGUUGUGGGAGGGACCCAGGGGGAGGUAAUUAAAUCAUGGGGUCCGGUCUUUCUGUGCUAUUCUUGUGAUAGUGAAUAAGUCUCAUAAGAUCUAAUGGGUUUAUCAGGGGUCUCCACUUUUGCUUAUUCCUCAUUUUUCUCUUGCCAGCAUCAUGUAAGAAGUGCUUUUCGCCUCCCGCCAUGAUUCUGAGGUCUCCCCAGCCAUGUGGAACUGUCUAGAGGAGUCCCAGGAGCAGCCAGGACAGGCGGAAGCAGUGGCUGCCAUGGAGGAGGACAAGCUCUUAUCUGCAGUGCCUGAGGAAGGCGAUGCCACCCGUGACCCCGGUCCAGAGCCUGAAGAGGAGCCAGGGGUCCGGAAUGGGAUGGCCAGUGAGGGCCUGAACAGCAGCCUCUGCAGCCCAGGGCACGAGCGAAGGGGCACCCCAGCGGACACUGAGGAACCCACGAAGGACCCAGAUGUGGCCUUCCAUGGCCUCAGCCUUGGCCUCUCUCUCACCAAUGGCCUAGCCCUGGGGCCAGACUUGAACAUUCUGGAAGAUUCAGCGGAGUCCAGGCCCUGGAGGGCUGGCGUGCUGGCAGAGGGGGACAAUGCUUCCAGGAGCCUCUGCCCAGAUGCUGAGGACCCUCAGCUGGGGUUGGAUGGUCCCGGGGAGCCAGAUGUGCGGGAUGGCUUCAGCGCCACGUUUGAGAAGAUUCUGGAGUCAGAGCUGCUGCGGGGCACCCAGUACAGCAGCCUCGACUCCCUAGACGGGCUGAGCCUCACGGAUGAGAGCGACAGCUGCGUCAGCUUCGAGGCCCCCCUCACACCCCUCAUCCAGCAGCGGGCCCGUGACAGCCCUGAGCCAGGGGCUGGGUUGGGCACUGGGGACAUGGCGUUUGAGGGGGACAUGGGGGCAGCUGGUGGUGAUGGGGAGCUGGGCAGCCCCCUGCGGCGCUCCAUCUCCAGCAGCCGCUCUGAGAAUGUCCUGAGCCGCCUGUCUCUCAUGGCCAUGCCCAAUGGAUUCCAUGAAGAUGGCCCUCAGGGCCCAGGGGGGGAUGAGGAUGAUGAUGAGGAGGACACGGACAAGUUGCUGAACUCAGCCAGUGACCCCAGCCUGAAGGACGGCCUGUCAGACUCAGACUCUGAGCUCAGCAGCUCGGAGGGGUUGGAGCCUGGUAGUGCAGACCCUCUGGCCAACGGGUGCCAGGGGGUCAGUGAAGCUGCUCAUCGGCUGGCACGCCGUCUCUACCACCUCGAGGGCUUCCAGCGCUGUGAUGUGGCCCGGCAGCUGGGCAAGAACAACGAGUUUAGCAGGCUGGUGGCCGGGGAGUACCUCAGUUUCUUCGACUUCUCGGGCUUGACUCUGGACCGAGCACUCAGAACAUUCUUGAAGGCCUUCCCGCUGAUGGGGGAGACACAAGAGCGUGAGCGGGUCCUCACACACUUCUCCCGCCGGUACUGCCAGUGCAACCCUGAUGACAGCACUUCGGAAGAUGGGAUCCACACGCUCACCUGUGCCCUGAUGCUGCUCAACACGGACCUGCACGGCCACAACAUUGGCAAAAAGAUGUCCUGUCAGCAAUUCAUUGCCAACUUGGACCAGCUGAAUGAUGGCCAAGACUUUGCCAAAGACCUGCUGAAGACCCUUUACAACUCCAUCAAGAAUGAAAAGCUGGAAUGGGCCAUUGAUGAGGAUGAGCUGAGGAAAUCCCUGUCUGAGCUGGUGGAUGACAAGUUCGGGACAGGCACGAAGAAGGUGACGCGAAUCCUGGAUGGUGGCAACCCCUUCCUGGAUGUCCCACAGGCGCUCAGUGCCACCACCUACAAGCACGGCGUCCUGACCCGGAAGACUCACGCUGACAUGGAUGGCAAGAGGACGCCCCGUGGGAGGCGUGGCUGGAAGAAAUUCUACGCAGUGCUCAAAGGGACCAUCCUGUACCUGCAGAAGGAUGAGUACAGGCCUGACAAAGCUCUAUCGGAGGGUGACCUGAAGAACGCCAUUCGCGUGCAUCACGCUCUGGCCACCAGGGCCUCUGACUACAGCAAGAAGUCCAACGUGCUCAAGCUUAAGACAGCCGACUGGAGGGUAUUCCUCUUCCAGGCACCGAGCAAGGAAGAAAUGCUGUCCUGGAUCCUCAGGAUCAACCUGGUGGCAGCCAUCUUCUCUGCCCCGGCCUUCCCAGCCGCUGUCAGCUCCAUGAAGAAGUUCUGUCGGCCCCUGCUGCCCUCCUGCACCACUCGCCUCUACCAGGAGGAGCAACUGCGGUCUCAUGAGAAUAAGUUGAGGCAGCUGACUGCGGAGCUGGCCGAACACAGGUGUCACCCAGUCGAGAGGGGCAUCAAGUCCAAGGAGGCCGAGGAGUACCGGUUGAAGGAGCACUAUCUCACCUUCGAGAAAAGCCGUUAUGAGACCUAUAUCCACCUCCUGGCUAUGAAAAUCAAAGUGGGCUCAGAUGAUCUGGAGCGGAUUGAGGCCCGGCUGGCCACUCUGGAAGGGGAUGACCCUUCUCUCCGGAAGACACAUUCAAGCCCUGCCCUCAGCCAGGGCCAUGUGACUGGCAGCAAAACCACAAAGGAUGCCACUGGGCCUGAUACUUAGCUGACAUGGAUGUGCAGACCCCAGGGUGGGCAGAUGUCUCCAGUGGGGUCAGUGAGCACAAUUCCAGCCAGGGGCCACUUGGACCAAGCUCCAGUCAGUUGAUGGGCAGCCAGAGGGGUGCAGAAAGCCUGUGGGCCCAGGAGAUGGAGAUGCCGUUUGUGGCGUUGAUCUCCUUGCAUCCUUGGGCAUCUCUGGGCAUCAGACCCUCUCCCUGGCCCUUGUUUUCCUCUCCACCAUGGAGCCUCAUUUUGCAGGCCAGUUGUGUGCAUGCUCUAGACACCACCUCGCUGGAGAAGCUGGAAGGGCUGUUGUCUUCCCAGGUCUUUCUCUUCUCAUCAAGCUCCUCUCCUCAUCUUUUUUUUGUGUGAGGGCAGGUCUUGACUCUAGGUCUCAGCUGGAACCCCACCCUUUCUCCUCCUCCUUCCUCUGAGUUGACCAGCAGCAGGUCUGCCGACCACCAGCACCAUCCUCUCCUCCCAGCAGCCUCCAGAACCAUGCCCAGGUCUCCUGCCUCACAUCACAAUAAUCUGGGACCCAGGCUUGUGCCCUUUCAGUGUCAAGCUGACUCCAUCACAUGUGCAUCCACUUCUUUUCAUCCAUUGAGAUCACACUGCCUCCUUUUUAUACAGACACAAAUAUGCAUCUAUAAGAAUAAUAUAUAUAUAAGGAACCCCUGAAAGAUGGUUUUGGAACUGAAAUCAGUUAGAGGAUGAAAUCAGAUAAAGGAAAAGCCUAUUUUGGAGCUUCCCCUGUUAGGAAGGAUGGCUGCACCUGGCCCCCUGGCAUUCCUGAUGCUCUAGGAGGGAAGGGGGAGGCAGUGCUGGCCUCCCUUGCCCUGUUUUUCCCUCUUCCAGCUGACCUGUGACUUAUACUGCUCUUACCGAUGAUACUUUUGGAAAAAAUAGAGCGUGUAUGCACCGCCCCGUUUGUCCCAUGGAUAUCCUGGGGUGUGAGUCGGAUGGGACCACGGCCCUGUUUAUAUUUGGGUCUUUAUGUUGGUGCUGCCAGGUCUCUGAGCUCCAGAGGUGGCCUCUUGGACAGAUCUACUGCUAUAGGAAUAAAAGACACUCUGUCUCGCAAAUGGCCGCUUGUCAACAAGCCCAAAGAUGCUUGUCGGAGGACGGUUAUGGAAGCCCUUAAUUCUUGGUUGUGGGAAAAGGUGGAAUGACAAGUUAUUGAUUGUUUUUCUGUCGCUAUUUCUUUUAUUUGUCUAGUGAAUCAGAAAGGCUUAGCCAAGGCCGCAUCUGGGAAGAGUGGAGAAAUUUGCCACUUGACGAUCACGGAUUAGCUAGCACCUUUAAGCCCUGCAUUUCUCCAACUGACAAGUGGGUGGGGGUGAUGGCACAUUCAGUGUGGCUAUGAAGAGCGAAUCCUCUCUAUUGUUUAAAUAGAUUACUGUAGUUUGGCCAGGAAUUUGGCGUCAGUGGUAACACACUUAGUUAAUAAAAUAAGCCAGGCUUGCAACUAAGUAUCUAACUUUACAGGCCCACUCACAUUUGAGGCAAGGGGCUAUUGAGUAUGUGGAGAGAUGUAGUGAUUUAAAUUCAGAUUAUUUAAGUUGGAUCAGCUGAAGUGUGUUUUAGACCCAAACCAUCUGGCCCCUUCGUUUUGCUCAGAGGAAGUAAAUGUUCACUUAAAUGAAAUUGAAAACGCAACGUGGCACCACAAAAGAGCUCUCUGUACUUUCCCCAUGCUGCCUCAAAAGUUCUGUGAGUUUCGGGGUCAGUGUCCCACCCUUCACUUCCCGAGGGCGGGUGAGUGGAGAGCAGAGCCAGGAGCUCUGGCAGCUGUGGACAGAUGUGCUUCCUGAGCAUGGGUUGUGCUUCCUGAGCAUGGGUUGUGCCUCCCAUCAGUAAAAAAAUGUUUAGUUCACUUCCUUAAUUGUAUAAUUAUUUAUUUGUAAAUUAUAUACAUGUACUACUGUACUAAAAUAUUAUGUACAUUAUAAAACAUACACAAAAAUAGAAAUUUAAAAAAGAUGAGAUGAAAAUAAAUCUAAGUCAAAGUUCUAA